ACGAAGACUUCAGUCGUGGACUGCCUGUCGGCUGCUCAAGUGUUUGCCGGUAGUUAGUUUACUCGAACUGUUUUGUUUUGAUAUGCGCAACUGACUAUGCAAAAACGGAGUACUCGGGUGUACAACAAGUAAAUCAUGGAAGCCGCCAACCCAAACGACAAGACCCCCGGAAGUGGUCCCCCACCGCCGGUGCAUCCGUACGCCCGGGCAAACGUCUUGAGCAAAUAUUUCUUCUGGUGGUUGGUGCCUCUGCUGCGGACGGGCCUUGCACGACAGAUCGUCGCGGAGGACAUCUACCGGGUGCUGGGGCACCACGGGAGCGACCGAAUCGGAGACCGGUUUGGCCAACGGUGGCAGGAGGAGCGUCGGGCGGAGAAAAAGAAGCAUUCCGGUGGAGAGCCCUCGUGGAAGCGGCCCUGGAUGCUGCUCCGGGUGGUGUGGAAGAUUUAUGGGCUCGGGGUGGUGCUGUUUGGCGGAGUUUACAGCUUUUUGGAGUCCGGAUGCAGAAUUGUCCAGCCGUUUCUGCUGGGCGAACUCAUUCGGUAUUUCGACCAAGCGACGCCACCCCCAGAUGGCACCGUCACGAACGAUUCGCCGAUAACACUCGGCCGGGCCUACCUGUACGCCGGUGGCAUCGUGGCCUCCGUCAUGGUUCCGGUGGCCAUUUUCCACAUGUACCAGCUGUACCUGCUCCAGGUCGGGAUGAAAAUACGCAUCGGAUGCUGCGCGCUUAUUUAUCAAAAGGUCCUUCAAAUGCCGGCAGCAAUGUCUGCAUCGGACGGAUUAAGUGGUCGCGUCAUUAACCUGAUGUCCAACGACGUCAGUCGGUUCGAUUACGCAGUCAUCUUCUUCCACGAUCUCUGGAAGGGUCCCGUUGAGUUGGUGAUCGUGUCCGUCCUGGUGUUCCGCCUUAUGGGUCCAACGGGUCUCAUCGGAAUAGCUCUACUUCUACUCUUCAUCCCUGCGGAGGGUUGGUUGGGAAAGCGUGCGGCAGGUUUCCGGAUGAGAGCCGCACGAGCUACCGACGAGCGAGUCAAGUUCACCAACGAGGUCAUCCAGGGCAUUCAGGUGCUCAAGAUGUACGUCUGGGAGAUUCCGUUCGAGGCGAUCGUCCGCAAGCUACGACACAACGAGAUUCGUGCGCUGAGAGGUAGCGCUUUCAUCAAGUCCGGGCUGUUUGCACUGCGGAUCAUACCGAAGGUAUCGAUCUUCUUGAGUCUGGUGACGUACGUGUACGCUGGGAACGUAUUGACCGCGAUGCGAGUCUACAUGUUGAUAUCGUUCUUCAGCGUGAUACACCACUCGAUGGUUGAGUUCUGGCCGCUGGCGGUCACGUCGUGUGCCGAAGCGUGGGUCUCACUCAAGCGAAUUCAAGAAUUUUUGCUGGAACAAGACCACAGCCAGAAUAACGAACAAAAGGACCAAACAACUGUGAGUAAGAUCGCGAUCGAGGAUGUAUCAGCUGGAUGGCAAGAGUCCAGUUUCGCGUUGCGAUCGCUAAACUGGCAAGUGUCCGAAGGUCAAACCUGGGCCGUGGUCGGACAAAUCGGUGCCGGAAAGUCCACCUUGCUAAAUCUGAUAAUGAAAGAGCUAACGCCAAGCGAAGGUAAGGUAACCGUCACCGGAAAGAUCAGCUACUGCUCGCAGAAGCCGUGGGUGUUCGAAGGGACGGUCCGCGACAACAUCGUGUUCGUGGAACCGUUCGACGAGGAACGAUACAACGAAGUGGCGCGGGUUUGCGCGCUGGAAAGAGAUUUCAAGCUGUGGCCGAGUGGUGAUCUGACGGCGGUCGGAGAACGCGGAGUUACGCUGAGUGGAGGUCAGAAAGCGAGGGUGAAUCUUGCGCGAGCGAUCUAUCGGCGGGCCGAUAUCUACCUGCUGGAUGACCCGCUGUCGGCGGUUGACGCCCACGUUGGCAAGGUCAUCUACGAGGAGUGUGUGAUGAAGUUUCUAGAGGAUAAAAUUUGCGUGCUGGUGACCCACCAGCUGCAGUAUCUCAACGGGUUGGAUAACGUUCUGAUCAUGGAUAGAGGGGAGAUUAGUGCGAGGGGAUCGUACGAAGAAGUCCGGAGCUACUUUAGCGCACUUGGUUACGGCGAUGAAGCCAAGGAAGGGAGUGCGGAAAAGGUUGAUCAAGUCGUGGAAGAUGAGAGUGCCCAACAACUCCAAAAGACAGCGAACAUCGACGAAGGUCAGAUGAGCGGCAAUGUAGGAUUUCAAGUUUACAAAGACUUCCUGAAGUCGGUCAAGAGUUGGUUGUUUGUAGCGUUUGUAGGACUGCUGUUGAUCACUUGGCAGAGUGCAUCCACCGGAACAGAUUACUUCGUGUUCAUAUGGGUCAAUUGGGAAGAAAAUUACGCCCAAAGUCCGGACGCUAGCUGGACAACCGAGACGCACAUAAUCGUGUACUCCGCGCUGGUCCUGAUCACCAUCCUGCUCUCCGUCAACUCCUUUGCGUUUUUCGAAAUGUGUCUCCGGGCGUCGUCCAACCUUCACGCGGCCCUCUACCUCGGAAUCACCCGUGCCACCAUGUACUUCUUCAAUACCAAUUCCUCCGGUCGGAUCAUGAACCGGUUCUCCAAAGAUGUCGGACUCAUCGACUCCAGCUUGCCCACCGUACUCAUUGACAGCUUGUACUUCUUCCUGGAGCUGGCCGGCAUUAUCGUGAUUGUCUCCCUGGCAAAUUACUGGUUGCUGGUACCGACCGCCGUAAUGGGUGUGGUGUUCUACGUGCUGCGCUUUCUGUUUCUGGAAACGGCACGCAACGUCAAACGGGUCGAGGCAAUCACACGCAGCCCCGUGUUUACGCAUACGAACGCCACCAUCGAGGGGCUGGGCACGAUCCGGGCGUUCGGAGCGGGUCGCCAGUUGGCGCAGACUUUUCACUCGCGGCAAGAUUCCAACACUUCGGCGUCGUUCCUGUUUGGAGCGAUUACGCGUGGGUUUGCCUUUUGGCUGGAUUUGAUCUGCUCGCUGUACAUCGCUUCGGUUGUGUUUAGCUUUUUGGUUCUUGGAACGGAGAUCGUCAGCGGCAACGUUGGCUUGGCCAUCACCCAGGUUCUGAACCUCAUCGGCAUGUGCAACUGGGGAUUGCGACAGACGGCCGAGCUGGAAAAUCAAAUGACUUCCGUCGAGCGAGUCCUGGAGUACUCCACUCUGGAGCCCGAACCGGAAGUUACGGAACCUGCCGCGGAAAAUAUCCCCGAAAGCUGGCCCCAGCAGGGUGGUAUCGCAUUCCGGAACGUGUCACUGAGGUACUCCCCCAGGGCGGAACCAGUGUUGAAGGAUCUAAGCUUUGAAAUUAAACCCAAGGAACGAAUCGGAAUCGUGGGCCGUACCGGCGCUGGCAAGUCAUCGAUAAUUCAGGCCCUGUUUCGUUUGGCAUCAGCCACGGCGGCCAUCGAAAUCGACCAGAUCCGUAUCGGGAGCGUUCCGUUGCGUCGCCAUCGGGGUGCCAUCUCGAUUAUUCCCCAGGAGCCGGUGAUCUUCUCCGGCAGCUUGCGUCACAACCUGGACCCGUUCGGGACGCUGGAGGACGGCCAGAUUUGGCGUGCCUUAGAGCAGGUUGAACUGCGGCAGGCGGUUCAGGCGACCGGCGGUGGACUCGACACCAAGAUGACCGAGGGGGGAACAAACUUCAGUGCCGGUCAGCGCCAGCUGCUGUGUCUCGCGAGGGCCAUCCUGCGGAACAGUCGGAUCCUGGUGAUGGACGAAGCGACGGCCAGCGUAGACCCGGAAACGGACCGGCUAAUCCAGCGCACCAUCCGGGAGCAGUUCCCCAACUGUACGAUCGUGACGAUCGCCCACCGGCUGCACACCGUCAUGGACAGCGACCGGAUCCUGGUGAUGGACGCCGGCCGGUUGGUGGAGUUUGACAGUCCGGCCAACCUGCUGCUGCGCCACCCCGACCGCCCGGAUGGCUACUUCCGACGGUUGUUCGACGAGAGCGGCAUGGACGGACGGGCGUUUGAGUAACGAUUAGUGUUAAUAUUAUUGUAGUAAACACGACUUUUCGCAGGCGCAA